UGUUCCCACAAGAUGGUGGCUGUCCUCCGGAUGCUCUGAAGCUGCGGUGAGAUUUGACCGUGUCAAGCGGUUCGGGAUGGACGACAUGUCUCUCUCGGACACUGAGAGGUUGGCCGGGGAGCGCUGGGCCCCGGUUGGGGCGGUGGCCAGCCCCGAGGAAACGGAGAAGGCGGCCAUCCCGCCCGAGGUAGGCCUGGUGUGCGGCGGCGCUGCCGCCGGAGUGGCAGUGAUGGCGGAGAAGAUGCAGCGGCUAGAGAGCGAGCAAGAGCUGCUGAACUCGUCGCUGCUCGCCCUCACCUCGCACUUCGCCCAGGUCCAGUUCCGCCUCAAGCAGAUCGUCAACGCUCAGAGCGACGAGAAGGAGCGGCUGCUGAAGGAGCUGGAGGACUUCGCCUUCAAAGGCUGUCCGCAACCAUUUAUCACCCGGGCUGUGGACGGGCAGCACCUGGACAACGCGGAAGGAUUGAGUGAAAGGGAAAAACUUGAACGACUCGAGGCCCAACGACAGAAACAAAGAGAGUUGAUUAUACAGCUAAAGACACAGCUGGAUGACUUGGAGACAUUUGCUUACCAAGAAGGCAGCUACGAAUCCCUUCCUCAGUCAAUAGUCCUAGAACGGCAGCGGGUAAUCAUAGAUGAAUUGGUUAAAAAGCUGGAUGUAAAUCUAAAUGAAGAUUUUAGCAAUUUGUCGCCAGAAGAACUCAGACAACGUGUUGAUGCAGCAAUUGCUCAAAUUGUGAAUCCAGCAAGAGUGAAGGAGCAGCUGGUGGAGCAGCUUAAAACUCAGAUUUGUGACCUUGAAAUGUUCAUCAACUUUCUGCAGGAUGAAGUUGGAAACCCUCCGCAGGCUCAGAAUGGAAGGUGCACGUGCAACGUGCACGGAGUGAAAGAUUCUCCCGCAUCAACUGCAAAAUUGUCAGGUGGCAGUCAUGUGGAUCGUGAAACAGCUAGAAAGAUGAGAGAGACUGGGUUAAACCUUGUUCGCAGAGCGCUGGCCAUAUUGCAAAUAUUUGCUGUUAGUCAGUUUGGAUGUGCUGCUGGUCAGAUUUCACGUGGAGUAUGGCAGCCUGAUGAAACAGACAAGGACUACAAUCCCCUGCUACUUAAACUAGAAAGUGCUGUAGAUAAAGUGAAACAGCUGGCAUUGAGACAUCAACAGGAUGACGAGCAUGUAAUCAGUAGCCGUGACUUUUAUCUUCAGAAGAAUGAACUCAUAACUGCUGUACGAAAAGAGUUGUCAAUAGCUCUCAGAGACCUGAUGAGCCAUGGUUUGUAUGCCUCCUCUCAAGGAAUGAGUUUGGUCCUAGCACCAAUUGCGUGCCUCCUUCCCUCACUCACCUCUCCACAAACCAUGCAUCCCUGGCAACUUUUUGUGAAGUACUACAAUACCAGAAAUGGUAGAGCUUUUGUAGAGUCUCCUGCUCGCAAGCUGUCUCAAUCCUUUGCCUUGCCAGUGACUGGGAGUGGCAUUGUAACUCCAAAACAAAGUUUACUUUCUGCAGUACACACUGUGCUCACUGAACAUGACCGUUACAAGCGCAGUGCGGAUUCAGAAUUUAAGGCCUUAAUAUGCAUGGCACUGAAUGAACAGCGCUUGGUUUCCUGGGUAAACCUGAUUUGUAAGUCAGGAACACUUAUCCAGAGUCAUUACCAGCCAUGGAGCUACAUGGCCUCUACUGGGUUUGAGAGUACCCUCAAUAUACUCAGUCGCCUCAGCAACCUGCAGUUCAGCCUUCCGGUCGAUACUGCAGUUCGACAAUUAAAAAAUAUCAAAGAUGCUUUUUAAUGUUUCCUGUGUAUAUAUUUUAUCCUAUGAAAGAUUGAUUAUAAAUGUUUAGAUUCAUUGUAAGUUAUGCCUCUUGCUUUGAAUAUUCAAACUGAAAGUUUGAAGUAUGUUGAAUCACAAUCAAUUACAAUUGUAUUUUAAAUCAAAUGUAUAAAUUACUGUAAAUAUUUAAUGACAAUAUUUUAAUAUUUAUAAAAUAUGACAGGUUGCUCAUCACGGGUCACAGUGAAGUAUAGGAUUUUUUUUUGAACAAUGGUGUUAUCAGCAACUUGUGAUAUGACUAAUGUUGUAGGAAUUGUGACAUUUGCACAUUACAUUGCAAAGCUUUAAAUAUAUCACAGUUGGAGUUUAAAUCACUACUAUAUAGGAAACACUAGGGAGUUGUUGGGUUUUUGUUUGUUUUUUUCGAAUACAUGCAACUACUGAGGACUGACCUUUGAACCUGUCACUUGAUGUUUGUCUCAGUUCCUAAUUGUCAGCUAGGAACUUUAGCAAUAACAUGACAGGACAUCAGUGCUGGAGUCUGGUUAACAAGCAUUAGGAGCUUUUGUGGGACCUGGAGAAGGCCAAAUAGCCCUGAGCCCAUUCUGCCAAUUCUUAGCUUUAUGGCUGACCUGCAACUUGGCUUCAUGUUCCUUGGUUACAAACUCAAAUUUAUUUCUAAUGAGGCCCCAUGUUAAUAGUCUCAUUCCUAAGCAUUUUCCUUUUCUUUUAUUAGUAAGUUUAAAAGCAAGUUUUUGUUUCUCAGCUUUGUGUAUUUCAUAGCUUUUAAUUUUUUUUUGUUUCUUUCAUUGUCUCCCUGUCUAUACACCAGUUCUUGACCAAUGAAGGUGGUCAGGCAUGCUACUUUGGGGCAUGUGCAAGGUUUAUUUGAGGAAUGAGAACUCGGGAUGUGGAAUAUGGCUUCAAGUUUACUCUUUCUAUUUAAAUAACUUAAUCCUGUAUGUCGUAAAUCUGCACAGAUCCACAGAAUACCACUCCAUGGCAUUGAACGCUGAAGCAUCAUCUGAACUGUGUAGCCUGUUUAAAUUUGUUCUUGUUUGGCUGGCUGUCUGUUUGUCUGUGUCAUGUGUAAUAGUGCAGUACUUUUUGGACAUUGGGUGUGUCCUGUGUUUUGUUGGGAUCAUUUUCUUUCAGACAUAAUAUUUUUCAAGGAUCAACAAGAGCCAGCUGUAACUUGAUGGAUGUGGUUAGACAAAUGUCUUAAAUGGUUUGGUUACAAACAUUAAUAGAAUUUAUUUACAAUUUAUGUAAAUAUAAUGUAUUCUGCUAUGGUGUAGUGUUUAGUGACAUUGAGAUGUUCUGAUAAGAAAAUUGAAACCCUGAUUUUAUAUCUGUUUUUCCUUACCUUUUUCCUAGUUGUGUACUCUCAAGAAGUCAUUCUGGUUAAUGUUGUACAUCUUAUGGCCUGUAGUGCUCUUUGAUAUAUAGAAUAUGAACCAUGCGUGUUGGCAGAAAACAUGAUAUAACGUUCUUUUCUGUAAUCCUAUUUUACACAAUAUUAAGUUGAAAUGUAACCAUGCAUGUCUUAACAGUUAAGUGUAACUUAUGAAUCAUUUUCAUUGAGGUCAUGAAAUGGGAUCAUUUUGAUUUUGGACACAUACAGUUCAUUUGAUGCUGUAACCUCUGUGCCUCACAGGAGCCAGGCUAAAACCUUGGAAGGUCUAGUAGCCUGUGUGAUUGUGUAAUGAAUUUGUUUAACAAGACAUAGAUCAGAAAUGUUUUGUUCCUCUGGAACAUUGAGUACACACUACAUUAGAAUUUAGGAAAGCAAAAGUUUUUGUGAUAUUAAUGUGAAAAUUGCUCUGUAAACACUAUAUCUCUUUUAAAAGAAACUUUAUGAACAGAAGAAAAGAUCCAUUCUGUACAUACUCCAUGAGACAAGAAAAUAAAAGUGGAAAGCAAGACUUUUUACCUUGCAUAUUUCAUAA